AUGGCGAUGUUCCAGGCGCAGAAGGUCCGGCUCACCGACUACUUGGACGAGCGGUCGGCGUACCUUACCCAGUUCGGCGAGGAGGCCGGCGACGAGUUCGACAAGAUCGGGGAGGACGCUCUCCGAGGCCUUGACGAAGCGGGUGUGUGCACCUUUUCUAGUAGGGAGAUAUUUCUUGAUAUUGCUUUCAUUGUCAUAAUGGAGAACAUAGAGAGCAGAAUGCAAGCAUUUGAAGAAUCCACGGAGCUCAACAAAAUGGAGAUCGACGAGAGCGACAAGAAGCUGGCAGAAUUCGAGGGACAGGUCGAGAAGGACCGCAAUGAGGGGCUCUUCUUCAAGAGCCUCACCCAGAAGAAGCCGGUCGAGAAGGCGAAAGCCAAGGAGGAGGCGAAGAAGAUCCAAUACGUCGCGAAACAGAGCGCCGGGUCGAAAACCCGAAGGAACAUCUACCUCGUGCUGAUUGGCAUCCUGGUUGCCGGGAUCGCUGACUCUUUCAUCUCUUCCUUGCCCGAUUGGAGAAAAGUUGCGGUCCUUGGGGCGAUUCUAGUGGCUUUGAUUACUCAGUUCACAUACGAGCAAGGGAUGCAGUCGGCAACAGAGCAGACGGAGAAAGAGAGAUCUGAUCGAGAAGAUAAGUAA